CUCCUGCCGUGCUACCCGUAGCCCGCCACGCUUAUGUCCAUCCCUCUUCCCCGGGAACCGGUAUUGAUAGUGAUACUAUCAGCAGCACCCAGAAGUCACCUGUCCGUCCAAGGCCGCAAGUGGAAACCUCUCGGCCGAGGAUGGACGGAAAAGAUGUACAUGCUGUUGUUAUCGGCAUAGGCAAAUACGAGAAUUUGCGGAUCCCACCCUUACGUGGAUGCGGCAACGAUACGGACGACGUUGUCAAAUACUUGCGCGAUGAUCUCGGCGUACCCUCGCCCCAUAUUGUCAAUCUGCGGGACGAGGAGGCGACUCAAUCUGCGAUUCUCGCGUCCCUCGAUCAAAAACUUAUCAACAACCCUCGCAUUACCAAGAAGAACGCCGUGGUUAUAUACUUUGCUGGGCAUGGUUCCUAUGCCCAAGUGAGUCCGCAAUGGGGUUGCGUGGGCAACAUCGCAGAGACAAUAUGCCCAUACAAUGAAGGGGCACUCUCUGGCAAAGGCGGAAUAGUGCGCGGGAUCCCCCAGCCGACCUUGCAUGCGCUGCUGAGUCGAUUAGAGCACGUGAGAGGGUGUGACAUCACAGUAAUCCUUGAUUCAUGUCACUCCGGCGGCAUGUCUCAGAUCCUUCGUGGGGAUACUGUGACCGCCCGCUCGGCACUGCCUACCUGUUCCACGCCGCUUCCUCUGGAUCUCGACUUAGACAUCCGCUGCGGCAUCCCAGUUGUACCUCGCCGAGCGAACCUGACGCCUAUCAGGGCAACUUUCCAACCCGACGCUAGCUCUCACCACGGGCCUUACACCAUGCUGGCUGCGUGUGGUCAAAACGAGAGCGCCUAUGAGGUGGUAGAUGAUAAUGGCGAGCAUCGCGGGGCCUUCACACUGGAGCUUUUCCAGGUUCUGCGCAGGGAGCCGAGUCUCAGCUACAGGCAGAUUACCAGCCGUGUCGCUGGCAAAUUGCGCACCCUGAAUCAGCGUCCGCAGUGCAGAGGGCCCAACAGGAAGCUCGACAAGAUUCCGUUCGCACAAUCGCCGUUUAUUCCGGCAUUGGCUCGCAUAGACAGGCGGAGGAAGCCCGUAGUCUUGCGAAUUAUUAGGCCCACCUAUUUACGGAUCGGGUUCCUUCUCGCACGCUUCGGCUGUAGUGUCCUUCGGCGUUGGAGGUCAUCCAAGACAGUUUUGGAAUUCUAGGGAUAGUGUAUGACUGUAUGCCCGGGUAUAAUUAUGGAAUAAAUAUUGUAGACUUCACAACGUCCA